GAGGCUUAUGACGUACCAGAAAAGUUCAAACCGGAACGCUUUCUUCUCUCUUCAGUGGGCGUCAAACCUGGCGUAGAUGAGACUGGGCGAGAAGACUUGCAAUUUGGCGGAGGGAGACGUGUUUGUCCUGGAAAGAUCUUGGCUAAGAAUUCGCUCGCUAUCAACGUUAUGAACCUCGUGUGGGCCUUCAAGUGGACCAAUGCGAUAGAUAAUGAAACGAAAAAUCCCAUCCCAGUGGAUAUUGACAACUAUUCUAAGGGCAUCUCCACCGCGCCGAAUCCUUUCAAGUGUCAGAUUACUCCGCGAAGCUCCAUGCACAUUGCGCUCAUUGAAAAGGAGAUGGAACAUGCGAAAGAGAUCUUCAAAGGAUUCGAGGUUUUGGAUAAACUGUGUGAGCCAGAGGAGUGA